CGGGGGAAAAAAUAACGGCACAGAGCGCGUGAGCGUGCGUGCAGCGUUCCCUAGCUGCCUCCCCUCUCCUCACGCUCCACACACACACACACACACACACAUAACCCCUCCGUGUCCCGCUCUGCUGGCAGCUGCCUGUGCUCCCCCCAUCUCACCCGACGAAAAACACUUUCGGGAAGAAUAAAGUUUUUUCCCUAACGGACCUGCCGCUCAGCCAGUCUCUACUCGCAUCCAAACCGUGGCCUAGCAGGAGGAACGGCUCGACUAUGUGGAGAAAGAAGAGGGCUCUUGGGGAACCCCUGGCUUGUCUCGUGUUACUGGUGACGCUGGUCGAUGCUUAUCGGUUCUUGAGCCAGAGCACAGCCUCGCAGUUCCUGAGCAGGCACAGGAGGGCCAACUCAAUGUUUGAGGAGAGCAAGAAGGGCAACCUGGAAAGGGAGUGCAUCGAGGAGCUGUGCAACAAGGAGGAGGCCAGGGAGAUCUUUGAGAACCAACCGGAGACGGAAUACUUUUACCCUAAAUAUGUUGCGUGUCUGGGUUCACACCGUGUCGGCAUAAAUAGCCAGCACUCAGAUGCCGGCAUCCCCUCUAACCUACGUGCCUGUGUGAAAGAGAUCAGUAAUCAGUGCACGCCGUUUCCAUGCUACAAGGAGGGUUCAGAGCACUGCGAGGACGGCAUGGCUGCCUUCACAUGUGUGUGCAAGCAGGGCUGGAAGGGGCUGCGCUGUGAGGAAGACGUCGAUGAGUGUUCAGAUCCUGAACUUCAUGCCGGAUGUAAUCAAAUAUGUCAGAAUAUCCCAGGUAGCUUCCAUUGCAUGUGUGAAGAAGGCUACAUACUCACCGACAACAUCAACUGCAUGGAUGUCAAUGAAUGCCUGCUAUACCGCAGCAUCUGUGGAAGGCAAGCUGAAUGUGUCAACAUACCAGGCACUUACGACUGCAGAUGUCCUGUGGGAUAUAAAUAUAACUUCACCUCCAGGACAUGUGAUGACAUGAACGAGUGUGAGAUGAACGUGUGCAAGGGGGUUUGUAUAAACACUCAGGGCAGCUAUUUGUGCUACUGCGAUGGUCGCCAGGGUUUGCAUCUGGCACAGGAUAGGCAGAACUGCAAGAGGAUCCCCGUGUGUCUCAACCUGCUUGAGGAAAAACACCCUGAGAUGCUUUACUUGGGAGAGCAGUUCGCAGGCCUUCCUGUCAUCUACCUGCGCUUCCGCCUGCCGGAGAACACAAAGUUUGCAGCCGAGUUUGACUUGCGUACUUUUGACCCUGAGGGAGUUGUUCUCUAUGCUGAGUCUUCUGAAGGCUCGUGGUUCAUGGUGGGACUCAGGGGCGGUCGCAUUGAAGUCCAGUUCAAAAACCAGCACACAUCUAAGGUUACCAGCGGAGGAAAAACAAUCAAUGAUGGACAAUGGCAUGUGAUCUCUGUGGAUGAGCUGGAGAGCAGCAUCAGUGUGAAGAUCAGCAGGGAAGCUGUGAUGAGCAUUAACAGCCCCGAGAGUCUCUUCACAUCAGUCAAUGGCAAGCUGGAGACCAAAGUUUACAUCGCUGGCCUGCCUAACCGCACCGACAAUGUCAUCAAGCCUAUCAACCCCAGGCUGGAUGGCUGCAUCCGGGGUUGGAACUUGAUGAAUCAGGGGGCGUCUGGGGUAAAGGAGGUCAUCCAGCAGAAGACAAGUAAACACUGUUUCGUGCAUGUAGAACGAGGAUCUUUCUUCACCGGGGAGGGACUAGCACACUUCAACAUAGACUACAGUGAUUCUGGAAGCUGGAAAAUGGAUAUAAAGAUGAACAUUCGUCCAUCCACCAGCACAGGUGUCCUCUUUGCUGUUGUCUACAACAACACAGUCCCCCUGUCAGUGGCUGUUCUACCAAAGGGAAAAGAUGCUGCUAACUUGCAGGUGUUCCUGCACGAUGCCUCGGUGGCCACGUUGGACACUGUGAUGCUGUGUUACCCUGAUCGGCUGAUGGUGCAGCUGAACGUGACUCCCACAGAAAUCCUGAUCUCAGCUGACUCCUCCAGUGUGACUUACAUGGAGUCCAGUGCCCUGCAGAAGGAGCUGGAACUCCUCAACAGCACCAUGCAAAACCCUGUCAGCACAUACAUUGGUGGAAUACCUGAAGACAUCCCUUUGCCUACCACCCCUGUGACGGCCUUUUACUACGGCUGCAUGGAGAUCAGUAUCAACAGCCAGCAGCUGGACUUCGACGAAGCUCUCAGCAAACAUAACAGCAUCAAGUCCCACUCGUGUCCUCCUAUCACUACCGUGGAUGAUGACCUGGAGGUGGCACACAUGUACAGAAAGUGACCCAAUUUAAAAAACCACAUUGCAUUAAAAAGCCCUAAAAUUAGGCAGUCCCACAGGGGAAACUUCUUGGGAUAUUUUGGAAAGAGAAUCUAGAGAGGGGGAGAAGAAGAGACGGAGGCAGAGAGUGAUUUUAAGCUUUUCAUCCCUACAGUGUUCUUGUUUGUACCCUGACCUAUUUUGUUCUGGUAUUGCUUUAGUGAGUCACAACAAAGGCUGGCUUACCAGGGUGGUAGCUGGAAGCUGGAUGACAUAGGUGUAGCAGUUUUUGUCUGCAUUAAGUUGUUUUCCAGGAAAGUGGAAACAAAAAGGAGCUGAGCUCUGCAGCGUGCAUGCCAUGAGUUGAGCAACAGAUGGUUAUGUUUGUGUAGAAAAAUAAACAAAUGGUCACUGCUGACCAGGCUGUGAGACCACCUGCAUCUUUGUCCCUGCUGCUGCUGAAACAUGGUACUCUCUCUAAAUUGUUUAAAAACAAGUAGUUGAAAUUAAUGUUUGUGGCAGGAGAAACCACAGAGGAGAUAUCUGAGCCUUCAGGUGUUCCUAUCAAAUUCUGUUUCAUCUCCUUUGUUUAAAUCACCAUCUGGAGCAUUUCCGAAGCCCUGCUUCAAUUUACCACUGUUGUCAUCAGAGGUGUACACCUGUCAUAAUUACAGCAUUUAUUGUUCUCCUGUUUAUUUCCUCAUCUUAAGGGUUCUCCUGGUUGUCAUUUGUUUCCACUUUGUAUAUAAAACAUGCCAUCUUUAAUAUAUAACUUACAUGUAGUUGUUUGCUGUUGUGUUUGAUGUUUGUUUUAAUAAAACUGUA